UCCCCGGGCUCUGGGCUGCUCAGAGGGAAGCUGGUCAAAGCAGGGGUGAGUCAGGGGCCCACCUCUGGGCCUCUGGCUCGGGGCACAGCCGAGGCCAGACCUGUAGGAGGACUACAUUUCCCAGAGUCCCCCAGGUCGCCCCCAGAGCGAGCCAUUGGGAGAUUUAAAUAGCCCAGGCCCAAGGCAUCCAGGCCCCAGCUGUGGACGCCUCCCCGUGGCUCCAUUGGCGCUGGCCGGCACUGGGGGGCUCGAUUGGCUGCCCGGCUGGCACUGACAUUCCCCAGGAGCCCGGUGGCAGCCGGAGGUAAACAGCCAUGUGCAGGCCUGCUCUCUAUAUUUAACAGCUGCCGAGGAGCCGGCAGGGAGGCAGAGAGCAGGGGCGGUUCCGGGCGCUCCCGUCUUCAGGGGAGAAGGGCCUCGCAGCCAGGCUGGUAGCGGCCCUCGGCGGGCGAUCGUCAGCCAUGCCCGCCUCCCAGAGCCGGGCCCGGGCCCGGGACCGCAGCAACGUCCUCAACCGGGCCGAGUUCCUGUCCCUGAAUCAGCCCCCCAAGGGGGCCCCGGAGCCCCGAAGCUCGGGCAGGAAGGCCUCGGGCCCCUCGCCGCAGCCCCCAGCCCCUGGGGACGGGGCCCGCGAGCGGCGCCAGUCCCAGCAGCUGCCCGAGGAGGACUGCAUGCAGCUGAACCCCUCCUUCAAGGGCAUCGCCUUCAACUCCCUGCUGGCCAUUGACAUCUGCAUGUCCAAGCGCCUGGGGGUAUGCGCCGGCCGGGCCGCAUCCUGGGCCAGUGCCCGCUCCAUGGUCAAGCUCAUUGGCAUCACGGGCCACGGCGUCCCCUGGAUCGGGGGCACCAUCCUCUGCCUGGUGAAGAGCAGCACUCUGGCCGGCCAGGAGGUGCUCAUGAACCUGCUUCUGGCCCUGCUCCUGGACAUCAUGACGGUGGCCGGCGUGCAGAAGCUCAUCAAGCGGCGCGGCCCGUUCGAGUCAAGCCCCAGCCUCCUGGACUACCUCACCAUGGACGUGUACGCCUUCCCCGCCGGGCACGCCAGCCGCGCGGCCAUGGUGUCCAAGUUCUUCCUCAGCCACCUGGUGCUGGCGGUGCCCCUGCGCGUCCUGCUGGUGCUCUGGGCCCUGUGCGUGGGGCUGUCGCGGGUCAUGAUCGGCCGCCACCACAUCACCGACGUCCUCUCUGGCUUCGCCAUCGGCUACUUCCAGUUCCGCCUGGUCGAGCUGGUGUGGAUGUCCUCCAACACCUGCCAGAUGCUCAUCUCCGCCUGGUGAGCUGCCCGUCCGCGGGGUGGCCCGUCGGAGGACACGUGGCUGACAGGGGAGGGGGGAACCGGGCCGCCCCAGCUCAUCCCCUCACCCCCAUCUUGGUUGGAGGCUGGUGAUGUCCAGUGGGCCUGCCAGUGAUCGUCCCAUCCCUCCCACCGUGCGGGGCACCCCCUGCCCCCUUAAUCAGACUCUGAGUCCCUCUGUAGAUGGGCUGGGGCCCAGCCAUGGGGACAGCCCUGCUGGGCUUCUGCUAUGGAGGGUACCAGACCAGAACCACGUGGGGGGCCAAGUCUCGUCUUCUCCAUUCAUCACCACAACCAUUGAGUUCCUGGCUGUGCCCACCUCACCACAGCACAACGCCCGAUGAAAUACCCACAGCCCACCGCCCAACACAGGUGCCAUUGCCAUUAACGGUCACCGACAGCUUACUUAGGGCAGCGCUUUCCAAAGGGUGCCCCAUCGGACACCAGCCUGCAAGACGCCUUGGGAAGAAAAACGGCCUUGUGGUCAAACAAAUUUGGGCAAUGCUGCAUACACACUGGACAUCCACAGGGUCCGGGACUAUCAUAAAGGCUCUGACAAGUCCUGCAGAAAAGCUUCUUGUCAAACCUUGUUUGAUCCAUGUUUCCUAAACUUAUUUGACCACAGAACCCUUUUUUCAUGGAACAGCUAGCAACCCUCCAAGGAACCGUGUUGCUCCAGGGGCAUUUGGGGAGACGCUGCCCAGGAGCAGAAGGGCCUGAGGCGUGAGCUGGCCUCUCCUGGUGCCAGGCCCCAGAGCCCGGGGAGACCAGGUGUCCGGGCCACUGCCUGCGGAAAGCCUUGGGCAGUGCUGCUUUGGCCCCCAGGGGCCGGACUCCGUGUGACCUAAUAGGUCGUGUCCAGGUCAGCCGUGCCGGAUGUGCAAUUCACGUGACAAUACAGAUGACAUGCAGA